AAACCCCCCUUUAAUUUACGGAAAUUGUCGACUGGUCCUUUUCCGUAAACAGCGCGCCCUUCAGCACGUAUUGUCAUAUUCGUCCACGUGAUCACUGUCAACACUCGACUGCGGGAUAGAGUUGACUUUUCAGGUUGAGUGAGAGAAGCUUAGACAUUGUUCACCAAACAGACAGACAGGACGGUCACUUAGAUGCUAGAUGAAGCAGUUUGUCUGUGACUUGGAGGGAAGGUUUACAGCUCCACCAUUCAAUGAGCAGACACCUAGCAGUGCAAGCAGACGGCAGACCAAGCAGACGGCAUUAGUAGCAGACGACACUGAGAUGCUGGGCGAUGUGGUAGAACUGGAAGAUUUUCAUUGAUGGUCGCUCAUCGGAUGUUUUGGAUUUGACUGGCAGAUGGUGAAGCGAUUGAGGAAAUGAAUCAAUAGUGAUACGCACGGUACAUGUGUGUUCUACCUCUCUGUUAGGGAAUCAUUUGUACAUCAGUGCAACAGCAGACGCGUCCGUGUCAGUAACACAAACACUCUGUGUCUUCAUGUUUCAAUCAUAGGGUAGGUUCCAGCGUUCUUGCCGCUCAUAUCAGAGUCCAGUUUCAGUGUUCUGUGUAGUAUUCUUUGCCAGUCCGAUACACGUUCUGCCGUUUUGGAUUAUACCAUUGGACGUAGGCGGUGAAAUUGGGCUUUUCGAAGGUGACGACUGCUGUUUCUUUGUUGGAAACAGAUGGGAAUAGUACACAAACGUAACCAGAGAGUGUAAAGUGCAUCAUUCAAGGAACCAUGGCUACUGAAGGGACCUACAUUUUGGGCCAUAGUCAGACGGUGUCUGACUUCUCUGAGAAGCAGUGUGAGCGACACUCGUCAGCUGGUGGAGGAGAAGGAUGAUGGAAAGCCCAGAAGCAACAUCCCCAUGACCAGCUUCAACUUCAUCAACUCCAUCAUCGGGUCUGGAAUCAUUGGAAUGCCAUUUGCACUACGACAGGCUGGCUUUGGAUUGGGAAUAAUACUGAUAGUUGUUGUGGCACUUGUUACAGAUUACUCUAUAUUCCUGCUGAUUGAGGCUGGACACUUAUCCAAUACUGAUUCCUACCAGGAUAUGGUGCUGGUGGCAUUCGGUCGCCCUGGGUUCUACGUGCUCACCGUUCUGCAGUUUCUCUACCCCUUUAUAGCAAUGGUCAGCUACAAUGUCAUCAUCGGCGACACACUUACCAAGAUCGUUCUUUGGUUUGGUGGAGAGGAAGAGACAUUAAUUCACUCUGUACUGGGCAACCGCCAGUUUAUCAUCUUUAUUUCAACACUGAUCAUAACUCUACCCCUGUCACUCUAUAGGAAUAUUGCCCGACUUGGAAAGUGGGCAUUUCUGUCUAUACUGCUGAUAGUCUUCAUCAUGGUCAGUGUGGUCAUCAAGCUGGCCAUCUUUGCCAAAAAUAUAGAACCGACAGAAGGAGCGUGGCAGUUUGCCAACUAUAAUAUAACACAAGCUAUUGGAAUUAUGGCGUUUGCAUACAUGUGUCAUCACAACACAUUCCUGAUUCACUCGUCCUUGGAGAACCCGACGACUCAGAGAUGGGGCUUCGUAACGCACUUCAGUGUCAUCUUUGCCAUGUUCAUGUGCCUCGUUCUAGGAAUUGUGGGAUACCUGUCCUUCACUGGGUUAACACAAGGUGACCUGCUGGAGAACUACUGUCAUGAUGAUAUUCUGAUGAACAUUGUGAGAAUCGCCUUCGCCGUCACCAUCAUGCUCACCUACCCAGUGGAGUGCUUUGUCACGAGAGAGGUUGUAGAGAAUGCUGUCUUCCCGGCCAACCCCCCCACGCCGCUGUGGAGACACAUCACCAUCACUGUCAUCAUUGUGUUCCUCACAGGUGCUGUCUCCAUGGCAACAGAUUGCCUCGGAAUUGUUCUUGAGCUCAAUGGGGUACUUGCAGCAGCCCCCCUGGCCUACAUCAUCCCCGCCCUGAGCGUCAUGCGACUCCGACAGGAAGCCAUGUUCUCAAGGACAAACAUCGGACCCAUCAUGGUGGCAACAUUCGGGCUAUUGGUGGCCAUAAUCGGAUUCAUCAUGGCAAUGAUCAACCUGGCCCGCGGCUCCACCUGCAGUCAUGGAGAAGAUAUGCCUUAUUGUGCUACCCAUAUCAACAUGUCCUUUCCUCUGGCGCCCAUCUUCCCUGUCCAGAGCACCACCCCACCUGCAUGAUUGCCAUACUGGUUGUAUCCAAACAUACAGAUUAUUUAUCAUCACAAAUGAACAGUUCAAAUAAUAUUAUGAAAUUCUAUUUACAUAUACACAGAAUAUUGUAAAUACUCUUCUGUGAUUGACAUUGUGGUGAUAUUUUCCAUGAUCAGAUCGCUUCAAAGGAAUUUCAGUGUAGCCGCUCUAUGUCCAAGGCCAGUAGUUGAUUGUACCUCUUUAGAGUAUUAAAUUUUGCUGAUUCAUCACUUUUUGGGAACUGCUGAUGCAAGCCCUUUCAAUAAGGAAGCAAUUGUUUUAGGUUUUGGUGAAAUAGAUGAAGUGGUUGUAAUGUGUAGCAUUGGCUGAUUGUUGUGCUUAUUUGAAGUUUGAAACACAUAAGGUAGCUUUUGUAUUAUUUAAGCAGCCAUUUCGUAAAUACUGGUGGAAGUGUUAGCAGCAAGGUUGUGGCUACCAAUGAAGAUUGUGUUGCGGGAUGGACGUUUAGAUCACAACACUGGGGUCUAAAUACCUCCACAUUAUGAUGUAUCCAUGGUGAUUAUGAUCUCUCAUGAUGAUAUGUUCUUGAUAUGGUAUCUCGCUAGUGAUAAUGAUCUCUGAAAAAUUAAGAUUUUGAAAUGUGAUAUGAUUUAUCUUGCUGAUAGUAAACAUACUAUCUCUAAAUGGUAAUAUUAUCUAUCAAUGGAGUUAUGAUUUCUCCAUCAUAUGAGCUUUCUAUAAUGAUUUGAUAUCCCAAUGAUAUGAUAUGUAUGUGGUGAUGUCAUAUAUCUUUCAAGGUGAUAACAUUAAUGGCCAUUUUCUGUAUAGUAAGGCUGCAACGAUCUGACACCUUAGUUUCCUCAGUUUCUGUUUCGAUUUGAUAUUUGACUACCUAUCUAAAUUAUUUCCACACAGCAAGAACGUACUUUUGACUCCAACUUGAGCUGUUUCGAGCGCUGAAUGGGGCGAAACAUGGCUGGUUGACCCCUGGCUAAUUAUCCAAUGAGAAUUGUUGUCAAUAGACAUCGCCAAGUCGACGAUGGAUUUCAGACUAAAAAAGCCAACUCUGGGAGUUAAAUGAAAUCUGAUGUUUUCACUUGUAUGACAGGCGAAUCGAAAAUGAUUGAAUCAAAGGUCCAAUAUCGAAAAUCAAAUUGAGGUCUGGGUGAAUCGUUGCAGCCCAUAUCUUCUCUCCUAAUCAUUUAAUAACUCCAUGACAGUAUGAUAAAUCUGUGGUGAUAUGAUAUCAAGGUGAACUCGUAUAUAUAAGGAAAUAUAUAUGCUAAUUAUGGUGAUAUGAUCUCUCCAUGGUGAUGUAAUAUCUCCAUGAUGAUAUGGUAUAUCAGAUAUGAUCUCUCCAUGAUGAUAUGAUAUGGUAUAUCAGAUAUGAUCUCUCCAAGGUGAUAACACAUACAAUGAGGUCUUUGUUUAGUGUGGUUUACCCUCAAUACAAUAUGAUACAACCUAUUCAUUCCUUCAUUCACUUGUACUGAGGUUUUGAGGUAAGCUAGUGGGUGAAGCAUUGCCCUGACAAGCCAAUACCUGGGUUCUAUUCUAUGCUAAACAUAAUGUCAGGAAUCAGCCCCAUUGUGGUAGCAUUGGUUUCAGUAGUCCUAAAAUGGCAUCAAACAAAACUCACUCACUCACUCGCUACUGAUCUAGUCUAUCCCAGUUACAAGAAGGGAUGAUCUGAAAUCGUGGGCAGUGUCUCAGAUUGUUGACACUGUCUAGGCUAGGGGACAUUGUCUUUGAUAGUGGUCACUGGCUUGGAUUGUGGAUAAAGACAAGGAUAGAGGAUAUGGACACUGUUUUGGAUAGUGGAGAUAGUCUAGGAUAGUGACCAUGGAUAAGUAGAGUGGACAGAGUCUAGUACAGUCAGGAUAAGGACAGAGGUAGUGGGCACUGUCUUGGAUAGUGGAUACGGACAGGAUAGUGAACAUGGCUGAGGAUAGUGGAUACGGACAAGGAUAGUGAACAUGGCUGAGGAUAGUGGAUAUGGACAAGGAUAGUGAACAUGGCUGAGGAUAGUGGAUACGGACAGGAUAGUGAACAUGGCAGAGGAUAGUGGAU